UGUGCUUAUGGCUGUUGUUGACCAUGACUACUGUUUCCGUUAUGUUAAUGUCGGAGCAAAUGGAAGAAACUCGGACAGUGGAAUUUUCAGAAAUAGCGCAAUAUAUCGCGACCUUGAAAACAAUAUACUACCAACAGGUGGUUUUUUAGUUGGUGAUGAUGCUUUUGCACUGAAGACAUAUUUAUUGAAACCAUACAGUGGCACAAACCUCACAAGAGUACAAACAUUAUUUAACUAUCGAUUACCCAGAGCACGUAGAAUAAUCGAAAAUGGAUUUGGCAUCCUAACAAGCAGUUUUAGAAUAUUUCAAAAACCUAUACCAACUGACGUCAACCCAACCGAUAAGAUUAUUCGAGCCUCAUGUGCUCUGCAUAAUUGGUUGCGCCUAACAAGUCCUAGUUGUUACUUUCCAAAGGAUUGCGUGGACGUAGAAAAUAUUGACUCUGGAACAAUUGUUGAAGGAACUUGGAGACGAGAACUCAGAGCCACCUUGCCAUCUAUCACCGAUCAGACUACCAAUAAUUCACCACAAAUAGCAAGAAAUCUCAGAGACAAGUAUGCCGAAUACUUUAGUGGAGCAGGUGCUGUUGUAUGGCAAGCAUAG